UUUAUAAAACAUUAUACGAGCUACUGCCUAAGAAUCUUGAACUACAUAAACACAUGCACAUUGAGAAUUGUUUUCCAAUUGGUUUUGAAAACAACGACGAAACAGAGGGAUCUUCAAUAUCUAAAAUCGAAAAGUCCAUUGUUCAAACUAUUUUGAGUCAAAAGCACUGGGGAGAGGAGAUUCCUUUAUCUUGGUACAAGUUUGAAGCAUUUUUAAGCAAAGAAAAAGAAGAAAACAAAAUUCUCUCUCCUCAGGAACUCUUCAAACGAUUUCAAAGCAAUGUUGAAAACUACAUUUCUCCAAAUAUUGAUGAAAUGGAACAAGUAGAUAUACUUCAAUUUUUCCAUGAGAUUGGUCGAAUUCUCUUUUUCCAAGAAGAUAAUUUGCGUGAUUAUGUAAUUUUGGAUGUUCAGUGGUUUGUUGAUGCAUUCAAACAUGUGAUUACAGAUUGUAACCACAUGCCUGUGGUUAACAGACCAAGAGAAUGGGAUGAAUUCAAUUCAACAGGAGUGUUACAUCACACCGUUCUUGAGGAAAUAUGGCGCUAUGCAGAUUGUCGCGGUAUUUUGAAAUAUAAAGAUGUUAUUCUCCCAUACAUGCAGAGAUUGGGGCUGCUUGUCAUUGGUGAAGAAUCACAUUUGAUCCCAAGUGUUACAAAACGGGAAUAUAAAGAGGAGAUGAGUAUGCUUUCUACAACAGAUCAGAAAACAUUGAUCCUAUAUUUCAGUUUUGAUUUCUUACCGUUAUUUGUGUACCACCGCCUCGUUGUCUCCUGCUUCUCAUUUAAGGAUUGGCUACCCCUUCAAGAUGGUUACAAAUGCAUUUACAAAAACGUGUCUGAGUUUAAAUAUGAACAUCACUAUAUUGUUCUUGGUGUUUUCAAGGAAGAUAUUUACCUUCAGAUCUACAGACCAAAUAUGCAGAAUGCUGUGCUUAACAAAAACGUUACUUUGAAAGUAAGACAGACUGUCGAAGAUGAGUUAGAAAAAUUGAGCAAUAGUUAUCACAGGAAAAUUAAAUUUGAAACUGGAUUUUACUGCAUGACAAAGGAAAACAGUGAUAGAUGUUUUAUUCCGGAGUCAGAAAUGAGAAUAUUAACUUCCGAAAUAUGUCCACACCAUGAGAGUAGACCAAAUCACACCAUUAUCAGCAAAGAAUAUAUGUGGCCAUGGGAUAAGACAGUGCAGAAACCGGCUCCAUAAGUAGUAGUAAUAUGAAUCUAAAGGAGAAGAAAGAGUAAAUUUGAGUCCAGAUGAAUCUUAAUGAGGACAAAAGAAGAAAAAAAUGUGAUUGACUACCCGUAUAGCAAAUAAAACAAACGAUCAUUAUUGAUUGAUAGUACAUGUAUGUUGUUUUACCUCCUGUUCGUGAUGUCAACAAGCAAACAAAUGUGUAUACAGAUAAGAUAAGAUACUGUAGACGUACUAUUUUCCACGGGGUCAUAAUUCCGCGGAAUCUCGAUUUCUGUUUAAUCCGAGGGUAGAAAAUUACGCAGAUUUUCUAGAUUAUCACUAAAUGCCUUACAUUUACAUUAAGUACGCUUGGACAAAUUUCCGCGGAAAAUUUGCGACCGCGUACAUAGCGUAAAUUAAUACCACGCGGAAAAAAGGACUUCUACAGUAAGAUAAGAUAAUUUUAUUUUCCAAUUUUGGGCCCAUAAGGCAUAAAGGUUCUUUUUACAAUGACAAGAUAGAAAGUUCUGAAAGAAAGGUUAGUAAACAUACACAAACAUAAACACACACAUGUGUAUAUCUGAUAUAAUAUAGAUAAUCCAAUAAAAAGUCUCAGUGGUCGGUAUUAAAUACUUAAAAGAAAAAAGAAAAACACGAAAAACUCCAGUAAAGCUUUAGGCCUUUCAUUCUAUCUUCAGAAGCUUUUAAUAUAUACAAGUAACUGUACAUGUAGAUGCAGCAGUUGGGGUUUUCAAAUCGCUAAUUAACAUGCAAUCAAAAUCAAUAUUAUCAAUAUACAUACUGAGUAUAUACCAGUAUACAAAUAGAUAUGUGUCAAUAACAUCAUUUAUGAGGACUCAUGGCAUUAUGCCUUGUUUUGAAGGCUUUGAUAAGAUAUUGACUUAGUUUUGUAAUAAUUAGAUUGUCUUCAUUAGACAUUAACCAGAGAAAUUUGUCUGCUUUUGAUAAUUAUAUGAAAUUUUUGUUAAGUAAUGAGAUAUCACGAAAAAAUUUAUCUCUCUCCUCAGUAUAUAAUGGGCAUUCAGUAAGAAAAUGAUAUUCAUCUUCUAUAUAGUUUUGGUUACACAUUAAACAUAUUCUUUUGUUUCUAUCUAAGGGAAUUCUUUGACCAGCAUUAUUUUUUACAGAUUCAUAUCUGCCUUUUUCAAUUCUUAGGUCAUGAGCACUUAUUCUAAAUCUGCAUAUGGAUUUUCUUAUUUCAAUAUUAAUUUCAGUUCUUUAAUGGAACUCUUAUGCAUUAAAGUAUUAAAUAACAAA